CUCCCUCCUUCAUUCACCGUGAGCGGUCGACCUCACCACUCUCCACUCCUUGCUUCACUCAACGCACCGAGGACGAGCCGUGUCCGGUCCAACACGCAGUUGGCUAGCGCGGACCGUAUGCCAAAAAGACAGGACCGGCUUCGCAUUUGCACCAUGAAUGUCCGUUCCAUUGCCACCGCGGCAAGACUUGCCGACUUCGAAGCCGCGGUCGAGAAUGUCAAGUUCGAUGUCAUUGGAGUCUCGGAGACACGAAUGGCUGGCAAAGGAAGAAUAGACCUCUCAACCUGGAUAGCUGAGGAACGAACCAAAAGAGGUGUAGGAUUUUAUGUACCGUCAUCGCUGAAUCAACACAGCGAUUGUUUCUUUCAUUCUGAACGAAUGAUUGAGCUUUGCAUAAAACUAGCCGAUAGGAGCACUCUCCGUAUAAUACAAGUUCACGCGCCCCAUUCAGAUUUUCAAGAUGUGGAAUACGAGGCGUUCUUAGACAAUCUUGCUCAUGUUCUCGAUGCCAGGAGAAGUAAGCACCAAGUGAUUCUGGGCGAUUUCAACGCAACUCCUGGUUUACGCCGUAAUGAAGAGCGAUACAUUGGUAACAAUUCCUCAGGAGCUCGAAAUCACCGUGGACAAAUGUUGGCCGACUUUUGUGAGGAAAGAAAGCUAUUUCUUGCUAACUCGUUCUUCAAAAAGAGACUUGACGAUCGGUGGACAUGGCGAAAUGAUGCCUUGGGACUGAAGAAAGAGAUUGAUUAUGUAUUGUUGAGAAGUAUGAAGGGCGUUGUCGAUGUAGGAGUGCUCACUAGUGUUAACACGGGGAGUGAUCACCGCAUGUUAAGAUGUAAAAUACGUCUGAAUCCGAUCUCACAACCAGUAAGAAGACCAAGAGGAUUCCCCGUUAUCGACAGCGACUUAUUGUGUUCAACCGCUCAAUGUUUACUACAUGAAAAUAUGAUGACUGGUGAUACAAUCAAAGAUUAUGAUACCAUUACUCGCGUCAUAACAACAGCUACUGUCAAUGUCUACACAGGUUAUGAAAUAUCUCGCCACCCGUUAUCAACCAAAGGACCCGGGAUCUCCUCCGAGAGACGCACGAGGAGCUACAUCACGGAGAUAAUGGGAGGGAAAUCCGGACGCCUUCGACGUGGGCGCAUGCAAGCUUUACACGCAAGAAGAUCCUUGACAAUCCUGAAAGAAACCACCUCCUCCCCUCCUAGCGACCCCUCCCCAUCAGAUGAAAUUGGAACCGCUCCUUUUCCUGAUCACGUGUCGCAGUCAGUGAAAGCAGUGAGAAAUUUUUAUAACGCACUGUACCACUCCUCCUUCGGCCCACCCACUCCACCAUCAGGCCAAAUAAAUCUGCAGGUCCACAAUAAUGAAGUGCAAAUGGCAAUGAAGAGAAGCAAAGCACGUUCAGCUGCUGGUUCCGAUGGCAUUCAAUCCCCUUCUCUUCGUGCUCUUUCACAAAUACUCGCCUUACCCAUAACACAUUUUUUCAACAACAUGAUAAGGACAAAGAGAACAUUAUAUUGGCAAUACAACUGCAAUGAUGCACACAAGUACCGGCGCCGCUCGUAUAAGCGAACCACUAGACAGAUUUCAAUCCGACAGGCGGGUGUAAGACAAGGAGACUCAAUGUCUCUCAGUUCUCUUCACAUUAGUUCUCCAGUACGCGCUGAAUCUGAUAGAUUGGCAGGGCAAAGGACUGAAACUAGGGAACAAAACCCUCUCGUACCUAGCUUAUGCUGA